AGGAAGUUUUGUUCAAAUUUCUUUAUCACAUAACGUUUGUAAGUUACCGCGUUCAGACACUCACCUCAGCAUCUCUAGAUUCUCUCAAGAUGUCUGCACGUUUUCUGAUAACCUUGGUAUGUGUGGUGGAACUCGCGUCACUAAUCAUGGCGGGUGGCGGCGGCGGUGGCCACAAGAAAGUCAUUAUCCACGUGCCUUUGUUUGUAAAGCAUCAUCAUCACAAACACACAAUAGUGAAACACAUACAUCAUAAGAGCGGAGGCGGCGGCGGCGACGACCACUACGAGGUGCUUGGCUACACAUACGGCGAACCUAAGGCUGCGCCACACGGAGGAGGAGGUCACGGCUGGGGAGCAGCUGAUGAAAGCCACGAUGGAAGUUACGGCGACUCACCCGUGAGCUUCGAAGGAGGCGACAGUGGAAGUUAUGCGCUUUCAGGAACGGGCGAGGAAUACACAGGACACGAAGGAUAUUAGGAUAGACAGCCUGUCCUGGUGAAACUGGAAAGGCCUCCGGGCCACCAGUAAUCCUUCAAUCAUAAAAAAAAAGGAUAGACAGUAAAUUAUAUUGUAAAUAUAGAUUAGGAAAUUCGUUUCGUCAGUAUUAAAAUACCUCGUGUAAUACGUACCUGACUGUUACGGUACGAUAAAUUCAAUAUGACUGUAUUUGUGAACAAAUAACUUACCUGUUAUUUGAGUCGACUAUUAUCAAAGGCGGCAAUCUGACUUUUGGACAAUGAUUGGUAAAUCAGAAAAACGAAUUAUUGACUUUGUAUUCCAUUGGCAGUCACAAAACUCUUCGGAACGACAUCUUAGAUAGAUAACAGGUUAAGUAUUAACCUUUAUUUAAUGCAGGUUUUGAACCGUAUUCUUUGAAGGAGACGAUUAUAUUCAAAUCAAUCUGUAUUGACAUAUCAAUAAUUUUUUUUUGUCCAAAUGCACAGAUUGCCACCUUUGAUAAUAGACGACUCAAAUAACUUACCUGUUAUUUGUAAUGAAAUAAACUUUUGAGAUUAAUGUCGUCCUUAAAUAUUGUUAAAAAUGUAUGCAAUAUUUUACAUUUUAAUGAGUAUUUGAGAUACAAUCGCAUUUGAAAUACAAUCCGAGGCUCCGCUAUCGAAACUAUUAAUAAAACCUGGACGGUUAUUACUGGAAGUAUGUUUAAGAUAUUGUGGUCAUUUUUUACGUCUACGUACUUUAAUAGCUUUGACUAAUACCUGAUUAAUCUUAUUUAGUAAAUGUUUUAUAGUUUUAAGAAUUGUUGUUAUCGUUAGAAAUGUUAUUAAUUAUAUUAUUAUUAUGUUUGUAACGUUUAAAUAAAUUUUUGACUUAUUUGUGUUUUACUGAAAAGUAAGUUUUGUAA